AUGUUUCAGGCGGUGAAGCUGUCCAUCUAUUACGAAGCUGAGUGUCACCAGUCAAGGGAUUUCUUUAACAAACAACUCUGGCCGCACUGGGCGGAUCUGGAAGAAGGUGUCAAGCUUGAACUGGUUCCUUACGGAAAGGCAAAUCACACUGAAUACGACGGGCAGUGGCUGUUCCAGUGUGACCAUGGCGAGUCAGAGUGUCUGGCCAACAAGCUGCACGCCUGCGUCAUCAAGAAACUGCAAACUCACCCGACCAAAAUGAUAAAGUGUAUCAAAUGUUUGAUGACUAAGAAAGACCAGCUCAGCAGCCUCUCUGAUUGCUUAAAUGAGAUAUUUCUAAAAGCAGAAACUGAUAAGUACUGGGAGUGCUUAUUGUCGCCUGAAACAGACGAGCUACUUGUAAAGCAUGGAGAUCGCACGCAUAAAAUGUUUACACACUUGGACAGUACGCCGAAAAUCGUAUUUAACGACAAAUUUAGACCUCGGGAAAGCUACGAAGCUCAGAAGGACUUCACUAAGCCCAUCUGUCAAUAUAUGAAAGAAAUAUGCAAGAAAAAAAAUAUAAGGCAAGGACUCAGUCUACAGCUCUGAGAGAGUUCAACAAAGUGAUCUGCCUCCACAUUCCGCGGCUGUGCAAGGAUACUACAGAUAUUUUGUUAUAAUACAUACAUACAUAUAUAUACUCAAUUAUUAAAAAAUAAUACAUAUCUCUUGUACUGAUAAUUUUUAUCAUAGAACAUCUUAGUCAAAACAUACCCUUUUGUUAUUCUAUAUAUACUAAAUUCACAGUAAAUAAAUU